GAGCUCAUUGCGGGUUUGGGCAUCGCAGAUCUGACAGUGCGUGGACUGGCUCGGGGCAUAGCUCUGCACAGCAAACUACAGCCUACUGCUGUUGUCGAUGUCAGUGACGCAGUUAUUAGACGGGGAUCUACGCCUGAGCAGCCCGGGACAAUCCCUCAGAUUAUCGCUUGACCCGCAGGAUUUGUUGAAGAGGCACCUGAUUCACUGGAGCGAUACGCCGAGUGAGAGCAGAUAGAAUGAUCUAGAUGUAUAUUUAUGUUCCACUGGAGUAUUUUCCACUAGCUUCUCGUUUCUUAUAUAGAUAAGGAUCGGAUGCAUUUUACGCAUGCAUAACUCCAGGACGCGAUACUUUAGAGGAGCCCUCUCCAAGUGACCAAAGUGGAUUCAUAGCAGCUUUUACGCAGGAGCCGAUAGGAGCGUUUGAGAAACUUUUGGGGGGAGUCUGCCUUUCUCAUUAGUCAUCUGAGAUCCGAUAAUUUGUGGUAUUCCUGCUGCCGGUGGAAACGUAUAAUCCCUCCCUGAUUACCGCGCUCAGAUGGAUUUCGUCGUGCCUGCCAGCCGGUUGACAUCAGGGCCUAGACACAUUAUUUUAACCGCUAUAUUUGCGUCUUGAUUGCUGAAUUGAAGCCACAGGACAGUCCAGCAUCACUUUGGGCCCUCAGCUUUGCCCACCGGUGCCAAAAUGAGGAGAGUUGUACUGAAAGAAGCCGUCAAACGAUUCCCCUGGAUGGCCAAUGUCACUUUGUACGGGUGCUUAUUCGCCGGCGGUGACCUGGUCCAUCAGCUCAUAGCUCAGAAGGAGCGCAUGGACUGGAAACACACUCGCGACGUGGCCAUUGUGGCAAUCAGUUUCCAUGGAAACUUCAAUUACUUCUGGCUGCGAGCCCUGGAGAGGCGUUUCCCUGGAAAGUCCGCCGGGAUGGUUUUCCGCAAACUCCUGCUGGACCAAAGCUUCGCGUCGCCUUUGGCCACCAGUGUCUUCUAUACAGGGGUGAGCUUCUUGGAGGGUAAGGAGGACAUAUUUGAAGACUGGAGAGAGAAGUUCUUUAACACCUGGAAGACUGGACUCAUGUACUGGCCAUUCAUGCAGUUUCUGAACUUUAUCCUGAUGCCGCUGCACAUGCGAACGGCCUUCAUGGGCUGCUGCGCCUUCCUCUGGGCCACCUUCCUGUGCUUCUCCCGGCAGAGCGGUGAUGGCACUGCCGGCGUGGCUCUAGCCUUUGUCAUGGACCCCCGUAAGACCCUGGAGGAGAUACGCGAGGCCCGGCUGACCCGAAAAAAGGAAAAGGCCCAGAGGGAAAACUAAAGGGAGGAGGAGGAGGAGGAGGAGGAGGUGGCUUCUGUCUUUCAGGCCUUUGAGCUUUGGUUGCAGGACAGAUCGGUGUCCACUUUUGCUUAGCUGAGGAGCUGAGGAGCAGGAUAAUGGUUAGAAAAAGAAAACCAUGUGUCUGUCACAUACGCACACAACAGUUGACUGAUAUGGACUUUGAAGGCUGAUGGAAUAUUACCAACAGGGUUUCCCUUCCAUUAUAAGGCUUAGGUGCAGCACCCAAGCCGAAGAAAUGUCAAAUCAAUGUGAGCAUCAAAACUAACAAAAUGACCUUUCUCAGAUCUAAUGAUUGUAGUUGGUCCCCCAGUUUUGUUAUUUAUUUAUUUAUUUAUUAUCUGCUAUAUCUUUUCCAACGUUUUAGACACAGAUAGGUAAUAAUAAUGGUCUAAAUGAUGUGAAAUUGCAUAAAACGUAACAUUUUCUUGAGGGAGGACCCCUAAACCCCCCACUAAAUAUGUGCACCUAAGUCUUCCACAGUGCACAGAUAAAAAUGACAAAGUCUUUUUGCGAUUAGACCCCAUCGUGACGUCAUUAUGUUUAGAGGGGUAGAGAACCCGUGAGUAGAAUUAGAACCUGAACCUGAUUGGUUUAACUAAACGUGUAAACGCCCCUAAUUAGAUCACAGGGACAUUACAUCAAAUGGGUUCAGGAAGGUGCUCAAUGCAUUUUAUAACAACAUAGAUUUGCAAAUUUAUCAUGAAGGGCAGGGUGACAAUUGAAAUGAUUAAGAUUCCUUCCCAAGGGGAUCAUGAAUUUUCACAGCAAGUUUGGAGACAUUUUGCUCCAGACCAAAGUACCAGAUGGAAUGAUCACAAGAUGUAAGGUCUGGCAGCCUGGCACAUAUUGUUUACAGUUGCAGUGAUGAUGCGAAUGAUGAUCUUGCCUCCAAAGCACAAAUGUUUCAGUUGAAAUGAGAUUGGACCCAUGCACUUCUUCCAUGGACCGCGGCUGGUUGUUGGUUUGAUGCGAGCCCACAGAGCAGUAAAGCUCCUGAGAUCACAUUUAAUAAAGGCCCGAUAUGUCUGCUUCACAAUAGUUGUGCCUUCUCACUCUGUGAUACGCUUGCAGUGUUUGGCUGACUGGUGAUAGUCAUUACUAAUACUCAAUACAAUGCAAUGUGUAUAUACUGUA